CGGUGAGGUUCGGCUCGGCACUCUCCGUGCGUGCAGCGAAGUUCAUGCCGGCGGCCGAGCGAUGACGUCAGCAAGCAAGAGGCCCGUCCACGGCCAGCUCGGUAAAGCGUACGAGAGCUCUUGACGUUUCGUCUGUUCGCGUGUACGCUCGGAUUAUUUUUCGGUGGUUCGUUCGAUUUGCGGCCGGCAGUGUUCGAUCGGUAUCCGCGGGUAACGCGCGUGCACCACCACGUGGCGGGAAAAACGUUUGGUCGUUUCGACGCCACGCGUUCCUUCUGCGAGUGCAAUCGUGGAUCGAAGAGCGAGAGAGAAAGCGACCGAGAGGCGGAGGAGGAGGCGUCCGUGGCGACCUAACCUCCCAACCGGUGCGUCGCUGAUUUUAAUCGGCGUUAUAGCAUGGCCGUGUAACCGUGUCACGCGAACCUGCACGAAGUAUCACGGAAACCAACUCGUCCGGGAAACGCCGCAACGUCUGGUGUUCGACGUUUGACAACGCGCCGAUAAACUUCCUUAGAGCGUAGUUUCUAACCUCUCUCUAGUGGUUCGCGCCACCGGCUGUCCUCUUUCGAGUUACCAGCGAAAACCUGUGGAAGGGUCGAUGAGACGGUAAACAAAGGAAAAGAAGAGAAGUGCAAUCUGUUUAUACGAGCCCGAAGAAACUGUCGUGUACAUAUUGACGUUCGCGUUCACGUCGCCGUUUGUCCUUUGUUUCUUUGUACGUGUUGGCACGGGGAAAAUAUAUCGUGGCCCGAUUGGCGGUAGAAAUUCGUUCCCGAGCGUAGACGGACAAGAGAGGAGCAACCUGUUUUAUGACUGUGUGAGUGGCGUCUGUGUCUCUCAUGGAAUGCGAGAAUCGUGUACGUCCAGGCAUCUUGAUACCAGGGGGUGAUUUUCAACUAACGCCGAAUAACAGUGCAGUGCUGCUACUAGUGUAGGCAUAUGCUCCGUUCCGUUAUCGUCUAAAUGUGCCUGCUGUGAAUCAGUGAUCUUCUUCCCGAGAUGAGUAAAUCAUAGGAAAAUUUUGUCACGAUUCCUUCCACACGAGUCGUGUUCGAUUUGAAAAUCUUUGUCGUUCUGGUGAAGUGCGUCUUCGCGAGUUCCGUGAGAAAAGUAUGUGGCGCAGUGGUGUCUGAGCGUCCGGAUUAAUUGGAUUAAUUUACAUCGAGAAUCUAUCGGACGAGAGAAGGAUGACCACCAGGAGAAAGAAGAAGUCGCAGGACGGGUUCCUGAAGAAGGUCUCCAGCCUGUUCAACCUAGACUCGGUGAAUGGAGACGAUGACUGGGAGUACGAGGAGAUCGUACUCGAGCGGGGUGGCGCUGGACUUGGUUUCAGCAUCGCCGGGGGUACAGACAAUCCACAUUUCGGCAACGACACUGCCAUUUACAUCACGAAACUUAUACCUGGUGGAGCCGCGUCCGCGGACGGCCGUCUGCGUGUCAACGACACGAUACUUCAGGUGAACGACGUGUCUGUUGUGGACGUGCCACAUGCGGCUGCCGUUGAUGCCCUCAAACGAGCAGGGAACACCGUUAAACUAUAUGUACGACGACGAAGGCACACACAGCUGAUCGAAAUCGAGCUAAUCAAGGGAAACAAGGGCCUAGGUUUCAGUAUCGCCGGUGGUAUUGGCAAUCAGCAUAUACCCGGUGACAAUGGAAUCUACGUAACGAAAAUUAUGGAAGGCGGUGCUGCUCAAGUGGAUGGCCGUCUUGUCGUUGGAGACAAAUUGGUUGCCGUCAGAAACGCUCUGCAGGGUGACAAGAACCUGGAAAAUGUGACGCACGAGGAAGCAGUGGCGACACUAAAAGCGACCCAGGAUCGUGUGGUCCUCCUGGUGGCGAAACCGGAAACCGGAAUUGUACCCCCGCCACCACCCCCGAUGGCCUCGGACAAUUCGCUCUCUCCACAACCACGGAAACAAAAUGGUUCUGUGUCGGCGUUGGAGAACAACUCGACGCUGCCUUACUCGCAAGAAUCACGUCACGCGUCUUCUCUCGCUCUUCACGGUGCGGCCACGCCACGAGCUGUUUCUCAGGAGGACGUAUCACGAGAGGUGCGUACAGUCGUGCUCAACAAAGGCUCCUCCGGUCUGGGUUUCAAUAUCGUCGGUGGCGAGGAUGGCGAGGGAAUUUUCAUUUCCUUCAUCCUAGCCGGAGGUCCAGCAGAUCUCAGUGGUGAAUUACGACGUGGUGAUCAGAUACUCAGCGUCAAUGGCAUUAAUCUUCGGACAGCCACCCAUGAGGAGGCUGCUGCAGCCCUUAAGGGCACCGGGCAGACAGUGACGAUUGUGGUACAAUACAAGCCCGAAGAUUACAACAGAUUCGAGGCCAAGAUCCAUGAUCUUAAACAACAGAUCUCUCAGCAGAAUAUGAUGACAGGCACCCUCAUGAGGACCUCGCAGAAGAAAUCACUUUACGUUAGAGCGUUGUUCGAUUACGACCCGAACAAGGACGACGGUUUGCCAAGCCGUGGUUUGGCAUUCCGUUACGGUGAAAUCCUACACGUGACAAACGCCAGCGACGAUGAAUGGUGGCAAGCUAGAAGAGUGACUCCUCAGGGCGAGGAGGAGGGUCUCGGUAUAAUACCGUCUCGUAGACGAUGGGAACGGAAGCAACGCGCCAGGGAUCGUUCUGUCAAGUUCCAAGGCCACAUGCCGGUGAUCCUCGACAAGAUCGAUGGAUUGCAGCAAUCGACAUUGGAUAGGAAGAAGAAAAACUUCUCGUUCAGCAGGAAAUUCCCGUUUAUGAAGAGCAAGGACGACAAAUCCGAGGACGGUUCGGACCAGGAACGGUCGCCCACGACACCCGAGAACGAAAACGAUCCUACACCAUUCAUGCUGUGCUACACCCAGGACGACACUAACACCGAAGGGAGUAGAGAAAUUUUAUAUCGUGUUGAACUGCCGUAUAUGGAGGAACUGACAUUAGUUUAUCUGGAAAAGGAGGAUGAUGAGAAUAAUGACGAGUUUAGCAGCGAAGAAAAUGUGCUGUCGUACGAGGCUGUCCAGCAGCUCACCAUUCAGUACACUCGACCCGUCAUUAUUCUGGGUCCACUCAAGGAUCGCAUCAACGACGACCUCAUCUCCGAGUUCCCUGAUAGAUUCGGCAGCUGCGUGCCACACACAACGAGGAGUAGAAGGGAAUACGAAGUGGAUGGUCGAGACUAUCAUUUUGUGGCGUCCAGGGAACAAAUGGAGAGGGAUAUUCAGAAUCAUCUGUUCAUAGAGGCUGGCCAGUACAACGAUAAUCUUUAUGGAACGUCCGUGGCGUCUGUUCGAGAGGUGGCUGAAAAGGGAAAGCACUGUAUUCUCGACGUUAGCGGAAAUGCCAUCAAGAGGUUACAAGUAGCGCAGCUCUAUCCUAUCGCCAUUUUCAUUAAACCGAAGUCCGUGGAAUCAGUCAUGGAGAUGAACAAGAGGAUGACCGAGGAGCAGGCGAAAAAGACGUACGAACGAGCUCUGAAGAUGGAACAAGAGUUUGGAGAGUAUUUUACUGCCGUAGUACAAGGUGACACGCCUGAAGAGAUCUACGUGAAGGUGAAGGAGGUGAUCGCCGAGCAAUCAGGACCGAACAUUUGGGUACCGUGCAGGGACCAGCAACUGUGACGUCCUGCCCCCAACGCUCAGCCCGGUCCGAACGCUUGGACCUUACCUCCGAGGCGUCAAGCUUAAUUACUCUUAAUAAAAUAAUCGAGUAACUCUAAUAAUGCCUUCCCCGUUCCCAUCCCGAUACCCGUCCCGUACCCUGCCCAAAUCGAGUAACACACGAUCGAGACGUUUGCCUUGCCCGCGAGGCUCGUCGAGAAGACUCUGACUAAUCGAACGGAUAACCGAACAACAAUCUCGAAAGGAGAAAAUUAAGUUAAUAUGUAUAUCGUUAGCGUGUUUGUUUCCUCGGAACUCGAGGAUACACGCGAGGGUAGGAGCUACGUUAUCGAUCACGAAAGGUUGAAACAAUCGAUGUUAGGAUUCGUCGUUUGCCGAAUAAGGAUGGUAGCAUGUUAGUAUUUUUGACGAGACACCGUCAGACGAAGAUCCGUGUUAUAGUGUUAAAGAUACCAAAAGUGUUUCGUUGUACCACGAUGUUCUUCACGUAUCGAACCGGGUUUGUCGAACCACGAACAAGGAGAUACAUCAUCGUCACGGGCGUUCGUCUACCUUGAAUUUUUGCUACGACAUUGCACGUGACACGAAUACACGACGUCCCGGGACACAGCGCAUCCUCCCCGUCGCAACGAACACGAAACAGUUACUCGAGCUUCGUAAUUUGUAAUCGUCGAUACGCACUCUCCCUUUUUUUUUCAUUGUAAUCGGAGGGAAGAAAACGGUUGAACGAACCGUCUCCGAUGGUCGUGUAUUCGCCUCGAAAUCGAUUUCAAUGUGCGCGCGACGAGAUCGCCGCGAUCGAAGUCGAACUAAAUAUAACUACGUGUGUGAGUGUGUGUGUGUGUAUGUUUUAUAUACACAUGAGAAAAGAUAAAACAAAGAUUCGCGUCGUAGUUUCUUGUCGAUCGAUCUGCCACGACGCGUUCGCUGCAACGUGCACGAUACUGUGCUACUAUUCGAAUAUUUGGAUUAUUUGAAAUUCUUGGGCACUUGAUUAUUUAAAUAAGUAGGGUAACUUUAAAAUUCGAUGACUUGAUUGUUGGAAUAAUUCGGACGCUCAAAUGAUUGUGUGAAUUAUUUGAAUUUUAAAUGCUUCUUCAAGUCCAGUCAUAUUUGAUUAUCAGAAAAUUUGAACUAUCUAAGUUUCUUCAAUUUCAUAAUUGAAUUCUACUAACAUUUAAUUGAAUAUUUAAAGAUCGAAAUGUUCAAAUUAUCUGAAUAAUACGACCUCGACCCCGAAUUGUACCAAUAUCAUCAAACUCUAAUUAUUCGAAUAAUCAAAUUGUCCAAAUAGUUGAAAUUUCAAAUCGAAAUUCUACAGAUAUUCUGUUCGUUAGAGCUCGAACGAGAACGCGUCGAAACAGGCGACCAAUAAACAUCGACUCGAUUGAAAUCGAACGUACGAGCGACACGAAGGACACAAAAAAGCGACAAAGAAGAAUAGUAGAUUUUUAAGGUAGAUUCUCGUCGCGAUCGCUCGCAAGACGCGCACAGCACGUUUAGACGCUUUAAAAAAAGGGAGAAUUCUCUUUUUGUUGUUUUCGUUUCCUUCACGCGCAAAUCGCGACGACGACGAUAAGCGUAACACGAGUUGACGAACGGAACGGGAGAGACACGAUACGCAGAAAUAAAAUAACAAAAAAAUAACAUUAUUAUAAUAAUAAUAAUAAAUAAAUAAUAACACUUGGCUUCACCGAUCACUGUAUAUGUAUAGCUUGGUCCGGUUAAUUCUGAGCGAAGUAGCGCGGUAUUUUUUAAUGUACUUAAUCGCAAUAAGAGGCGAGAGAGAAGGAGUACGAGGGAAUCGAGAUAGAUUCGUUAGAACGGCGUUUCGAAGGCGAACAUUCGAGCGUAGAGAAUGAAUCGAGAGAGCAUGAAAAGAACAAAGAACGCAGAACAGAACGGGACAUACUUUUUCGUAUCUGUUUCAAAAGAGAGACGAGACAAAGACAAAAUCCGGACGCAUGUAACGAACCUCACGAUUCAUCAAACCUCACAGGACAAAUCUUUAGAUGCUAGAUUAGCGAUAUAUAAUGUUUUGUACAGCUAGAUUACUAAGCCAGUACUGGGUUAUGUGCAACAUUAUAUAUAUAUAAAUAUAUAUAUAAAUAAAUGAAUAAAUAAAUAAAUAUAUAUAUACAGAGAGAAAGCGAGGAAGAGAGUAUGAACGUGUGAGCGUUAGAGAGAGAGAGAAAGAACGAGCGAAAGAGGAAGACAGUUAAGGAGAGAAAGAAUGAACACUAUUGUAAUUUAAAUACCACUACUAAAUUAUUAUUACGAUAGUAGGUAUACAUAAAUAUAUAUAUAUACACAUAUAUAUAUAUUAUUGUAAAUACCUGUUACCCGGGUAAUCGAGAUGGUAUAUGGUGGGUAGCAUACGGCGUGGAUUCGAAGCGGGUUUUCUCGAAGAGGUGUACCGUUCGAUUGUUAAUUUCCGGUGUCGUUUUCUACGAUUGGCCAGUGCCAAUCCAUAGAAAGCUGACGGACGAAAGGAGCGUGACGCGAAUGAAGAUGUGUCGUGAAAAUUCGAAGUUGAUCCUCAAUCGAACGGCUCGAUCGACGAAACGCCUCGUAGCCAUUUUUUCACACGAAAUUCGAGAAGUUGCAGCGCGAAGGUCGCGAGCGUGUCGAAGAAUUUAGCGGCGAAUUUAGCGAUGAUCGAACAGAUAGACUUAGGUGAAAACAAUCGAGAACAUCGUCGAUCGUAGUACUUACGAAAAGGAGAGAAUGAAAUCGAGCGUGAGGAUGUUGCACGACAAAAUGGCGGAGAACACUAAUAAGCAUCGUUGCGAGAGAAUAACGAAGGCCAGCUAACGAAAAUAAAAUUGUAUAUCGUCGAAAUGGCCACACGCCCUACCGUUUACAUCGAUAUCGUCGAUUGCACGGUGAUUUUUUGGCGAUUGCUUCUCCCUUGGUUGAAUGAGGCUCGUAGAAAUCUACGUACUUUGCGUUUUCUCGUGCGGUUUUUUGUUUCCCUGUGCCGAAACGCGAUCGGUAAAGAUUAGCGCCAGUACGCUUUCUACAAGCUAUUUUUCCUAUGGACAGAGGAUUCUGCGUUUUUUAGAAUCGUAUUUGCAAACGAAACGGAAUCGUGUAUUUACGGAUAGCGAACGAGCCAAGUGACGAGAAGCGUUGCCGUGAUUUAAUUGCACGGGUCGUGCCUGAACACAGAAAGAGCUAGGCUUCGCCAUAAGUUAAAAAAUCUAUGAAAAAAAGAGUAAAAAAACAUUGCGAAGAAAAUGAUGAAGAAAAAGACGCCUGUCUCGAUGUAAAGGAACGUAUAAAGAGAAUAAUUACUACAAACACUUAUUAUACACCUCUAUAGUCUAUUUAAUAAUAUUACUUAUUGAAUUGUCAAUCUCAUGUUCACCUUGUUUCAUCGUUUUUAAAUAGUUAAUAAACGUUUUACCGAUUUUA